AAAUUCUGCAAAGAUGGACGGAUUCGGUAGCGAUAGUGGCUCAAUGAGUAUACAACCAGAAGGGUUGUCUAAAAGCGAUAAGGUUUCAGAUCCUGAAUUCUGUAAAAGUGUAGUCUCCGAUGAAAAUCGUGAGUAUACCCCCGUUGAAGUCCUUGACUGGGAAACCCAGAUUUAUACCGAAGAAGACCUAGCCAAGUUAGAAAAUGACCAAAUGUUAGAUGAAAAUGAAGAAAAGAAAAGCAAAAGCACUCUCGACAGCACAGAGAAAACAGGGUUGCUUAUUGAGAAAGACAAAGGUGUCAAAGGAAUUACGUCUAAAGAAGCAUGGACGAUGCCAAUACUUAUUAACGUAGACCGCUUUGAGAACCCUAUUGCAGAUAAUGUUCUUAUCUGUGAUAUGUACAUCAAAGUGAAGACAGGUGGCUCUAGAACUCUUGAUAAAGUCUAUUCCCAGUCAAAAUUAUACUUUAAAUAUCUUCGUUAUGGUCUAACAUUUCUUGAAUUCUAUAAUCCAGACGAUCCAGAGGUCUGUGAGAAGGUAGAGCUUGUCAGGAAAGGCCUCAUGAGGGUCUUCGAGCUCAAGAUUGACUAUCUGCUGCAAGAACUUGAUUCCCUAUCUGUCAAAGGUAAAAUAAUGGCUCAAAAGGAUUGGAAUAUUCGAAACUACAUUGUAGGAGACGCUUACAGUUACUUGGAUUCUGAACCACACCCUGAUGAUGACCCUGACUCUGAAAGCAAAAUAGGAGGCAUGAACCAUGUCGAACUCUGUCAUUAUGUACAAACUGAUGGCAUUAACGUUCAAAUAUCCUGGUGUUCAAGCUUGAAGUGUUGGAGUAUUGGCUCUUAUAGUGUCAGUAUUUUGGCUGCAACAGUUGAAGACCUUAAAAAGUACCCAGGUUAUAAUAAAUAAAAUCGAUAAGAUGAAGAAGCAUGAGAUCCGGUACAAUUAUUGCCAACUCAUUGCAAGGAAUUGGUUCAAAAUACUCGAUACUUUGAGAGAAAGAGAUCCAGGACUUGACUUUGAAGAUGAGAAAAAUGAGCUUUAUUUAGCUCUAGGAAAUACCACUCUUGUUGGGGAACUGAUAGGUGUGGAUUGUAUCCAACAAAUUUUGAAUUACCCCUCAGAGGCUCUAAUCUUCUCAUCACUAAUAGACAACUCAAAGUCAAAUGAGACAUGAAUGCCGCCGGAGAAAUGAAUUGAAUUCUGCCGGAAAUGGAAUUUAAAUUGAAUUCCAAUUACUCAAGUCGGUCUCUUCUCCACUCAAAAAAGUUUGAAGAAAAACAUGUUAGAUUUAUACCACACAGUCACCACAGGUUCUAUCUGUGAGUACGAGGAAGGAGUCAUCAUGAUGCUUGUGCUAAGGAAUCCAGGGAAUCCCUCUGAAGACAAAGUGCUCUCCUGCAGCAAGAUAAAAACAAUCGAAUAUAAAGUCUUUAAGAAAGUCAAAGAUAAACUUAAAAAUUACUGGGAAAAUUAUGAAAAAGUAACAUAUAUUACGAAGAAAAUGGAAAAGGAAUAUAAGACCAAAUUCGAGAGAUUCAAGACCGAAGUUAACGAUAUCUUCAAAUCUCACCUCUCUCCUGAUUCAAAGUAUAGAAAGUCGAAGCAGUCCACCGAAUUGGUAAAAUUUGGUAAAGCAGCCUUCGACAAUGUCAUGUUCGACAUCUCUCUGUACAACUUGAUGAAGACAGACUACUCAGUGUUCUGUGAGAAAGUCUUAGCAAAAAUAUCUGAUGAAGAUAGCAAUAAGUUCUCGGGAAAGAAAGGAUCGAGGGCUCAUCGCUCUCGAGAGCCAGAAUUCAGCCUGACUUCCAGAAUUUUUAACUCAGAAGUAACAUAUCCCUUCUGUGUUGAGCCUGAAGAUUAAGGUGUUUUGUUACUUCUGAAUGUAGCCCUGAGAAGCCUUAGAUUCCUGGCAAUUACGAUCAUGAUCAUUUCAAAGCUGAGAAUAAUUUUAAGGCGACCUCUU